AUGAAGCUAUCCCAAUCCCCCGAGCCGGAGUCUCCUCCUCCAAGUUCAGAUGGCAGCACUUUAAACGAAUCCCGUUUUUCAACCCUCACAGUAGCCGGAACAACUCAUUUCGUCAAAAAUGAAGAACAUGUUGUCGAGCCAGUCGUCCCCAAACGUUGCUCAUUACCGCCUCAACCUUAUGAUGGUAGUGGCAUCACUGCGCUUCCCACAUCCCGAUAUUCAACCCUGAAACUACCUGGGUCUACCCAUUUCGUCAAAAAUGAAGAACGAGUUGUGGAACCAGUCGCCCCAAAUCGUUACUCAUUAUCACCAAAUGCCGCAAUAAAACUACCGAAAGAACCCUGGUACCGACGCAUGAAUCCUCUCAAAUGGGGCCCGGUCCCUCCAAUCCCAGAGACAAGGGAGGUCUCCCACGAAUAUAACGCCAAUUUCUUUAGCAAGGCCACAUUUCAAUGGAUGCAAGGAAUAAUGAGCGUCGGAUAUCGACGGCCAUUAGAGAUGAAUGAUAUUUGGCUAGUCAGCCCAGAGCGCCAAAUUGAUGUGUUAGCAGAACGUUUCGAUGCUGCAUUCCAAAAUCGCAUUCGGCAGGGUGCAACGAACCCACUCUUGAAGGCUCUGAACGAGACUUUCAAGUGGGAGUUUGGAAUGGCAGGCCUUUGCGUGCUUUUUGCUUCCUUAUGUCAAGUGUUGACACCUUAUGUAUUAAAAUAUUUGAUUCAAUCUGUCACUGAUUCAUACGUGGCUGGGGAAAACGGCGCCCACACCGGGUUUUCGAGACAGAUCGGAUUGGUGUUUACGAUCAUGAUUAUGCAGUUGAUCCAAAGUUCUGGCACGAAUCAAUUCAUCUAUCGUGGUUUCAUGGUCGGAGUACAGGCUCGUGCUGUCUUGAUCACUGUCAUAUUUGAAAAGACAUUGAGAAUUUCAGGCAGAGCACGCGCAGGAGCCGAAACAGACGAGAAGGAAGCUCCGACAAAGAAGAAGAAGAAGAACGCCAAGGGUGAUACUGACGAGGCAGGCUGGUCAAAUGGACGAGUGAUGAAUUUGAUGUCUACCGAUACUUCUCGAGUGGAACAGGCGGCUGGAAUGUUUCACCUUGUUUGGGUUUCCCCCAUCACUAUAUUUAUUGCACUGGCACUCCUCAUCGUCAACAUUACCUACUCAGCAUUGGCUGGUUUCGCGUUGCUCUUCUUCGGAAUCCCUGUACUUACAUUAACCAUGAAGGCUUUGAUCAAGCGAAGAAAAGGCGUCAACAGCGUCACGGACUCUCGGAUUUCACUGACUCAAGAAAUCUUGAGAUCUGUGCGAUUCGUCAAGUACUACGGAUGGGAAAACGCCUUUCUGGAAACUCUUCGGAACUUGAGGAAGCACGAAGUUGCUCUGAUCCAGAAACUACUGGCUUUGCGAAAUGCAAUGAAUGCCGUUUCUGUAUCCCUUCCUAUUUUCGCGUCCAUGCUCUCGUUCAUUGUCUAUUCGCUGACAGGACAUGAGCUUACUCCGGCCAUUGUCUUCUCGUCUCUUUCCAUCUUCAACUCGCUACGAGUUCCCUUCAACUUGCUUCCUGUGGUAAUAGGACAGCUGACAGACGCCUUGGCAUCUACCCGCCGUAUUCAAGACUACCUUCUCACCGAGGACCACCAAGAUCAAUCCAUCUGGAACGACAGAUGUCCCUCCGCUAUUGAUAUCCGGAAUGCAUCCUUUAUUUGGGAGCAAUCUGCCUCUAAGUCUCAGGGUGAAAAGGGUGAAAACAACGAGAAGACUAAGAAGGAGAAACGGGAUCGCAAGAAUGGGAAAUCAGGCGACAUAGAGAUGGAAUCACCUUCUCCUGCCGGGUCUUCCCCAUCUCAGGCGCCAUUCGGUAUCGAUAACCUUUCUUUAUCCAUUGGCCGCAAUGAGCUUGUCGCAGUCAUCGGCUCAGUUGGUUCUGGAAAGAGCUCAUUGCUGUCAGCACUGGCUGGAGAGAUGCGCCAGGACGGCGGCCAAAUGACAAUUGGAGCGUCAAGAGCCUUCUGUCCACAAUACUCCUGGAUCCAGAAUACCACCGUGCAGAAUAAUAUCUUGUUCGGCAAAGAGAUGGACAAAGCCUGGUAUGAAACUGUGGUCCAGGCCUGUGCUUUGAAACAAGAUCUAGCAAUGCUCCCUGGUGGCGAUCAGACAGAAAUCGGAGAGCGUGGUAUCACGCUCAGCGGUGGACAAAGGCAGCGACUGAACAUUGCCCGAGCAAUUUAUUUUGAUAGUGAUAUUGUCAUCAUGGAUGAUCCAUUAUCUGCUGUCGAUGCUCACGUUGGACGCCACAUAUUCGAGAAUGCCAUCUGUGGAGUUCUGCGAAACAAAUGCCGUGUUCUUGCCACACACAGACACGAUAUUCUCCCUCGAUGCGACAGGAUUAUUUUGUUGGACGAUGGCCACAUCAAGGCCAAUGGCACCUAUGAAAACCUCAUGAGAAACAAUCGCGAUUUCCAAGCACUGAUCGCCUCGUCGUCUGGAGCUGCGUCGGAAGAGCAAGAGCAAGAGCCCGUAGCAGUCCCGACUGAGCAAAAGGAGGCUGAACCCGCUGCCAAUGCAGCCUCCUCCAAGGACCCAGAAACCCUUAUUCAACAAGAAGAGCGCUCCACUACUAGUGUGGGCUGGAGUGUUUAUUCAACCUACAUCCGUGCGUCAGGCUCGAUCUUCUACGGAUUAAUUCCGAUUGUGCUGCUCGUGGUAGCCCAAGGGUCGAACAUCUUGACCAGCUUGUGGCUAUCAUACUGGACUGACGAUAGAUUCAGCCUGACCAAAGGUCAGUAUAUCGGCAUUUACAUCGGCCUAGGUAUUUUGCAAGCUGUCCUCAUGUUUGCUUUCUCUGUAUCCGUCUCGAUGCUCGCAACCACCGCGAGCCGAACAAUGACAAGCCGUGCCUUGGAUCGAGUUCUUAAAGCUCCAAUGUCUUUCUUCGACACCACGCCUCUUGGGCGCAUCACCAAUCGUUUCUCAAAAGACGUUGACACCAUGGACAACACUCUCUCUGACGCAAUUCGUAUGUUCCUCUAUACAGUCGUCAUGGUCCUCAGCGUUUUCAUCCUUGUUAUUUACUACUUCCAUUACUUUGGAAUCGCCCUUGGUCCUCUUCUCAUCUUCUUCUUUUAUGCUGCUGCCUAUUACAGAGCUUCUGCGCGCGACUUGAAGCGCCAUGAAGCUGUCUUACGAUCUGUCGUUUUUGCUCGCUUCAGCGAGGCUAUCUCUGGAACCUCGUGUAUUCGUGCCUAUGGCCAGGAAAAGCACUUCACGUCAAUUGUCCGACAGGCUAUUGACAACAUGAACUCGUCAUAUUAUCUCACCUUUGGUAGCCAACGCUGGCUAACCACACGCCUCGAUGUCGUUUCCAUUCUCCUUGUUGCUACCACUGGUAUUCUUAUCGUUACCUUGCGCAAUGUUGUUUCACCCAGUAUUUCCGGCUUGGUGUUUUCCUAUGUCUUAGCGAUCGUUCAAAUGACCCAACUACUUAUCAGACAGUUCGCUGAGCUUGAAACAUCUAUGAACUCUACGGAGCGAUUAGACUUUUACGGCACAUGUCUUGACCAGGAGGAGAAGGAAGACCCGUCUUCUCCCCCAGUGCAGGUGGACAGCUCUUGGCCUCAAAAUGGUGCUAUUGAUUUCGAUAAUGCCCAGAUGCGAUACAGGGAGGGUCUUCCUCUUGUUUUGAAGGGACUUGAUCUCAAGGUCGCCGGCGGAGAAAGCAUUGGCAUUGUCGGACGAACAGGCGCUGGAAAGUCAUCUAUCAUGACCGCACUCUUCCGACUGACAGAGCUGGCCGCUGGAAAAAUCAAAAUUGACGGUGUGGAUAUUUCGAAAGUACCCUGCCAUGAUUUACGAUCACGCCUUUCUAUCAUUCCUCAAGACCCAACGUUAUUCCAGGGUACUAUUCGAUCAAAUCUUGAUCCUUUCAACAAACAUCCCGACCUAACACUAUGGUCCGCACUUCGCGAAACUGGAUUAGUGAGGGACGAUAAUAAGAAUAGUGCAUCUCGAGUUCAGCUGGAUACUACAGUGGAAGAAGAGGGUCUCAAUUUCUCUCUCGGCCAGCGUCAGCUGGUUGCCCUGGCUCGAGCACUAGUCCGCGGCAGCAAGAUCGUGGUGUUUGAUGAGGCAACUUCUUCUAUUGACCUGGAAACCGACGAUCGAAUCCAGGAGACUAUUCGACGCAACUUCAAGGGACGAACGGUCCUUUGCAUUGCUCACCGUUUACGAACCAUCAUCAGGUAUGACAGAGUUUGUGUUAUGGAUAAGGGACGAAUUGCAGAGCUUGACACACCCUUUAAACUAUGGAGAAAUGGUGGCAUAUUUCGCGGGAUGUGCGAUCAAAGUGGCAUUGUCCAAGAUGACUUUUUUUAA